AUGAGUGUUUUUCAUAUCAUUCUUUCACUCAUAAUAAUAUUAUUGUCUUUAUUAUAUAUAUUUAUUCAUAUUUUCAAAACAUUUCUUCAAAAAAAAGGCUUUGAAGUUUCUUUUUCUAUUUCUGGAUUUUUCUCACUUGGGAAUUUAAAAAUUAAGAUUCUUGAAAAGUGUCUUGAAAAAUAUAAUCACAUUGGAGGAUUUGAAUUAAUUUUACCUAAAAUUUCUGUUAGAAUUCAAUCUUGGAAAUUUAAGAUCAUUUUGAAUGAAAGUUACUGUGUUUGUUUUGUUUUGAAUAAAGAUCAAUAUAACAAGAAAGAAUUAUAUAAGAAACAUGACCAUCAUCCUUUCUCUCAUUAUACUAAAUCCCAAGGUCAAAUAUCUAGAAAUAACAAAAUUGACAGUGAUAGUAAUAUUGGAAUCAUUCGAAAUUUGAUGUUAAUUGUUAUGGUACAAAUUUUCUCUAGAAUUAUUUCAUUUGAGCUUGAGAAGAUCCAAUUUAAAGUUUACAUAAUUGAUUGUAAAUGUAUUGUAAACCAUAGAAAUCUUAAAAUUAACCAAGAUGGAAAUUGUGAGAAAUGUAAUAUUAAAAUGAAAUAUGGUAUAUAUUCCAUACUUGAUAUCCAAAGUCUAAGUAUAUUUCCAAAAGCUUAUCUUGGUGGAAUAAUGGUUAAUAUCCAAUUAGAUAAUCCUGUAUUAUAUUUAAAUCCAAUUGAAAAUACAAUUUCUGAAAAAAGAUGUCAUACUUUUUAUUUGGAUUCCAAUAACAAAUAUAAUCAAUCAUCCAAAAAUGGGUCAAGUAUUUUUAAUUAUCUUCUUGAACAGUAUUAUCUUAAAUAUAAUAAAUCUAUUUUAAAGCAAAACCACGAAAAUAAAACCAAUUAUCCUCCUUUACUUUAUGUUAAUAAUAGGCUGAAUAUUACAAUGAAGUUAAUGCAUUCUAUGUCUGGAUCUGAUAUUAGAGUAUGUAUUCUUCGGAAUGUAAAUAUUGAGAUGAAUCAACUUUGGCUUACAUUAAUACCAGAAAUCGUUUGUGAACUAAUUUAUGUUUUCCAUAUAAUUAAAUCCAAUUGGAAAAAAUCUACUAAAACCACUUACAACAAAAUUAGGUCUCAAAUGUUAGAUCCUAAUAUCAUUAAUCAGUCUGAUCCAAUUAUUAAAUUAUCCCCAAAAUAUCAAUUACUAAGUAAUAAUAAUAUACUCCCAACUUCUCCUGUUACUUUAGCUCCUCCUUCUUCUCCAAAUAUCUCAUAUUCUUCUCCAUUUAGUAAAUUUGAAGAUCAAGUUUCCAGAACUAAACAACAGAAACUUAUUAUGAAUGAGAAUUUGGAUAGACAACUUCAAAUCAAUUUUAAAAUUUCUCAACCAUCUUUGAUAUUUUGUGACAAUACUCAAUCUAGUUCAGGAUUUGAGAUCUUAUUUCAUGAUUUUGAAGCUCACUUUAUAAUCCAAUACUUUGUUGAAUACCUCCAAAGUAGUCUUAAACUUUAUAACCAAGAUUAUGAUUUUGAACUUUCAAACUCAGAAUCAUCAGAUAUUAACUUAAUUAGUAAUAUCUCCAAUCAAUCUGAUUUAGAUAAUGAUUUGAAGAAAAAGAUUAGAAGAAGUUUGAAACUAGUUUUUGGAAGUAAACUCAUAUUUGGAAAUUCCAUUUUAUAUUCAAAUCCCAAAGAAAACCAUCUUCUUUCAAAACAAAUUAUGCCAAAUACCAUAAAAGAUGGAGAUUUUACUUUUGACAGAAUGUUUAUCAUUGAACAUUACAAAUCAAUUAUUGAGAUAUCAGAUAACAAUUUUGUAAAGCUUUACUUGAAAAACUCCAUUCAAAGAAUGUUUGGAAUAUGGAGAGAAAAUGGAUUUUACCAGAAUUUGACUUUAUUUCUCCAGUUAAUUAAAUUCCAAAAAUAUCUUUCCAAGAUUAAAAUUCAAGCAAAUAGUAGUAAUAAUAAUCAUCAUCAUUAUGUCUUUGAAAAACCAUUUAUAGAUAAAUCAACUGAGGAGAUUCCAAAGAUACCAAUUAGAAUAGAACUGGAAGAUGAUGAUAUUCUUAAAAGUGAUUUUCUGAUUAAAAAUAAUAAUUACUUAAAAGAGAUUAUGACUAUUAAGGAUUUUGCUGUUAACUUACUUUUUUAUUUAGAAAUCAAAGAAAUGACUAUUCAGACCAAUGAUAUUAGUUGUUUUAAUCAUGAAUUACAUAUUCUUAAAAAGAAUGAUUGUUGUAAUUGCCAUUGUGAAGAUUGCUUUACUGAAUCUUUUGGUCCAAAAGAAAGGUAUGAAUGGAGAACUGAUUUUGACUCUGAAUAUGACUCCAAAUUCACUAUUGAUGAAAAAGAAAACCAAGAUAAUCCAGAUAUUAUAGAUGAUCGGUUUUUUGUAUUGAAUAUAAGUAAUUUGAAGAUUUGUAAUACAUCCUUAAAUAGAAGCUUCUCAAUGCUUUUUUCAGAUGUAGACCUUUAUAGUAUGCAAGAAUUUGUUGAUUUGGAAGAUAUAUCUACUAAGUAUUUAAAUCUUGCUACAGAUUUAAAACAGAAUAAUGAUAUAUUAGAUCUCCAGAAAACAUGUAUUUAUCGAUAUGGAUGUUUUGAUCAGAGAAUUCAAGCUGUUAAAUAUAAAAUAUUUCCAAAAAUUAAAGAGAAAAACCACUUGGUAAAAUUAAAUGAGUCAAUCAUCAUUUCCCCUUGGGACCAUAAAAGAAUUUCACUUAGAUUUAAAGGUAUCCAUGGAAAUCUUCAUACUUGUUAUGUUCCAUUAUAUCUUUACAUUCUUGGAUGUUUCAGUAUUGAUUGCCUUGCUCUUAAAAAGACUAACUUGAAUAAAGUUUAUUAUGGAAUAAAUAAUCAAUUUGAAGAGAAUUUUGACUUUUAUUGUAAUCAAAGAUCUAAUUAUUUUGAAAAGUUUAAGCUGAUAAAAAAAGAUUUAAUCCAAAUGAUCAAGGAAUUUAAUCCAGAAGAGUUAAAUAACAGAAAUGUAGAACUCUGGACCAUUCCUGAUAUAAUUCAGAGUAAAGUUGGAUCUUUAAAAUAUACCUGGUAUUUUGAUUUUGAUGAUAUCUCUGUAAAUUUUUUGGAUGGUUUUAAGAUAUUAAUGAACAAAUUGAGCCUUUAUAGAUGUAAUGAGUAUGGGAAUUAUGAUAUUCAAAUGAACCAUGUUAAAAUAUUUGAUAUUUUUGGAAUUAAUAUUUUGAGUUCAAGCAAAAUCAGAAUGAGAUCUGAUAUCCCUUUUAAAACUACUAAAAUUAAGUCUCCAAUUUGUCUCAAAAAACAACUCAGAAGAAUUAUUGAUUUAUCUGUGAAUGGAGAUUUACUUUUGCUUUCAAUUCUUGGAAAUCAAGAAAACUCAGAGAAUAACUUGAAAGACAUUAAAAAUGGGAUGAUUUUCUUUGAUUCCAAAAGGUUUAUUCUUGAAAUUGACCAGCUUGAUAUAUUACUUUUGGUGAAUUGCCAGUAUAGAGAAUCCCUGUUUAAAUACCUUUACCAGUAUAUAUAUAUAACAUUUUACCAAUUAUUCCAUCCUCCUAUAAUUAUUAGGACAGGAAAACUACUUUCAUUUUCACGAAAACAUCCAAUUAUAUUUUCCUGUAAUAAUAUAUUUGAUUUUUUGAUUACCAAAAUGACUCUAAGUUUAAGCAGUUUGGCUAAUUUUAUGUUUUCACAAGAUUAUGAAAGAUUUCCAGUUUUUGACUCUUUAAAAACAAGAAUUAAAAAAUGUUCCAAAGAUGACUUAAAUAUCCAGUAUAAACUUAAACCCAAUCAUCUUCCAACCCAGAGACCCAAAGUUGGACUCAACAAUAUAUUAAAUUUCCCAAUUUCUGAGGUAAAAUUUGACAACCUAAGGCUGAACAUUAGAACAAAACAUACAUCAAAUUCAAAAUCUCCAUGUAAUGACAAGGAGUGUUACAAUAUUCCAAAUUACUUGACCAAUAGUAUUUCUUCAGAAGAAAGAUUUUUAAUCAAUUCGAAUUAUAACCCAAUUAAUAUUUUUGUAUCUUUAGUGGGACUUUCUCUUAAUAUGUUUAACCAGCUUAGUUUAACUGGGAGUAAAGCCACAAUAUACUCUAGAAAAGAAGUCUCCCUUACUAAUGAAAGCAUUAUUUUUGAUUUUAGAAGAAAUUAUUCUCAUUUGGAUAGUAAUGUAAAUGAAAAUAUGAAAAUUCUUAAAAAUAUCCCAGAGAUGAGUUCAGAUAUCAAGAUUUCCAUUUACUCUAAAUCCAAGACUUCAUUAUACUUGAGCAAUUUCAGUUCCUUUAAAACCAUAAAACUCUUAAACCCAAUUUUGGAACUAAUCAAAAACAGUUCAAACUUUAAAUUAAAGUUGCAAAAAAAUAAAUGUGAGACUUACUCAAAUGAAUUCAGUAAUAUCAUUAUUUCCAGAAAUACCUUAACCUUUUCUCUCCUUAUCUCAGACCUAACAAGCUUAUAUUUAGUUCCAUAUAUUAACUUCCAAAUUCAAAAAGAAAUGAGUGAUAACUCCUCAGUAAACAUACACUUGCCAAAGAUUGAAUUGAAUUUGAAAAAAAAUAGUUAUUGUGACAUCCAAGAAAUGGGGAACUUUUUAAACCAAUUGGAAGCUGUUUCACUGUUUUUAAAUGAUGGAAUUCUUAUUGGGUUGGUUUCCAAAGAAAUUUUUGCUCCUUUAGCUAAGAGAAAAUGCCAAGGAUUAAGUUUGGGUAUGAAUCCAACCCAACAAAGAUAUUCUUUAAAAAGUACUCUGAUUUCCAUCUCAAAGUUUAAUAUUAAUCUCAUAAGGAAUUCAAGCAAGGAAUUUGAUAUCAAACUUGUUUUGAAUGGUUUGGAUAGAGAAUCCAUAAUAGAAAAGUAUAUUGGAAAUGACUCAAAUAGAUCUGAUACUUCAAAUACAAUACCAUUAACUUUAAAUCUGGAUUCAGAAAAAUUAGUUCAGUUUUCCACUAUAUUAGAAUCUUUUCUUGAUGAAAACAACUUUGAAGGUAUCUCUUUAUAUUACUGUGAAGACUGUAAUCAACUUAAACCAAUAAAGUCAAUUCCUUUAUUGAAAUCCCAACAAGUUUUAAUUUCUGAACAAAAUAGCACAUCCAUUGAAGGGAUUAUACAAUCUGGAUUCAAUUUUUUACUAAGAAUUUCUCUAAAUGAUAUUAAUUUGAGAUAUGAAAUCUUCAGCCUUUUAAUUAAAGAUGUUUGGUUGGAUUUAAGUUAUUUCAACUCAGAAAUGAAAAAGUUUCUUUUUGGAAUAAAUCAGUCCCAAUUUAUUGCUGAAUAUUUUCCUUAUAUACUUAGUCAGUUAUCUAAACCAUCCCAAUCUUUUAAAAUUUUACGUGGUUCUAAUAUUCAGAUAUCUUCAAAUUUCAGCUCGAAAACUAAAGUAUUGGAGAUAGCUAGGAUUGGAAGUAUUUUGUUUGAUAUAAGUAAUAAUGAUUCAGUUUUGCUUGUUUUGAAAGGUCCUCAACUUAAUUUGAAUACAUUAACAUUUGUUUAUUUGGAAGUUUUAAUUAAGAUUUUCAAUGUAUUAAAGUUAAACUCUGAAGGAGGAAAAUUAAAAAAGGAGAAUUCCUCACUAAACCAAGAAAAUAAUGCACCAGUUAUUUCUAUAAUUCCAGGAAAGAAGUUUAAUAUCCAGAUUUAUGAAAUCAUGAUAAAUACACACAGUCUUGGAACCAAUAAAGAGUAUAAAUCCCAAAAAGACGAUCGCAAGAUUCGUCUCAGAGCAAACUAUUCAGGAGCCAAGAAAACUUCAAGAAUACCAGAUCUAGAUACUCAGAGUGAAUUUCUUUUCCAAGUUAUAGAGCAAAAUCCAAUAUAUAGUACUUUCACUUUGGUUGAUGAUUUUGAAGACUCAAAUACGAACUUUUGUAUUUUUCAAAGUAAUAAUAGCCAAUCUUGUCUUGAAUGCAGGUACCACUUAAAUAGGCCACUAAUAUAUUCUUCAAAAAUUUGUACUGAGCAAAAGAGUGAAAGCUACUUUGGAGGAAUUAGUACUAGUAGUUGUAGCAGCAAAAUUAAAAGUAGUAAUAAAAGUAGCAAAAAUCAGCUCGAUGAUGUAUUUAGGAAGUAUUGCAAUGAAUACUUUUCUUUUUUGGAUGAGCAUUUAAUCUCGGAUAAGUACCAAAAAUCAAGCUUUGAGAUGAUCCAAGAAUAUAGAAAAAUUUGUAUGUACACUGAAAGUAACAUUGGUAUUCCUUUUGACUAUGGCCAAAUAAUAGAUAAUAUGAUUCUUGGAAAGCUUGGAUAUGGAAAAAAGGCAGGCCAUAUUUAUUUUUCAAGAAGCUUUACACAAAUUAUAUGCAGGAUUCCACAAAUUGAUUGUUCUGUUGGGAUUUAUGACAGCAACAGAAAAUUCGAGUUUGUAUUAAAAAUGUUUCCAGUUUCCAUUGAUAUUUUUCUUUCAAAUAGGUUGAUUUGGGAUUCGUUUGGAGACAGUAUUAACCAAUCAUCUGCUAAUCUUGAUGAAUCAUCAAAGCAAAAGAAGGAAGACUUGAGAAUUUUUUCGGAGAUCUCCAACUCUUAUAGUUUGAAACCUUUAGAACCCUGUUUUUGUGAUGAUUAUAAUGAAAAAAUCCAUCCUCAUAUUCGAAGUUGUUCUAAUCAAUUGAAUUCAGAGGUUCAAGAAAUACCAAAAAUCAUUGAAAACUUUGAGGUGUUAAAUAAAAACUCUUCUUCUUCCUCACCCAUUUCAUCCUUAGAAGAGACCCAAUCAGAGAGGAAAAGGAGCUUUUAUGAGUGUAGUCAAGAGAUUCUAAAGACAACACCAAUUUUUGUUAGUGUAAGAAUUCAUACUGGAAAGCCAAGUACCCAAUUAAAAAUAUAUUCAAAGCUUCUCUCAGUUUCAAUAGAUUCAAGUAGGGUCCAAUCAAUUAAUGAAAUCUUGUACUCUUUUGAACUCAAAUACACAAACAAAACUCAUCAACCAUAUCAGGAUUCCCAAAAUAUGUCUAAUCCUCCUUCCAUUUUUUCCAGUUCAAACAAUACUUUUGUAAACAAUCAUACCAUUAAUGUCUCGUCAGCUACUGCAAAUUCGGUUACAAAUGAAAAUCUUCCACCUCCAAUUUACUAUUCCCAUAGUUUAAAUGCAACUACUGGUAUCACAAACUCAGGAGAACAGGCUCAGAAUUUAAGCUUGCAGAGUGCACCACAAGUAUAUAAUUUAAGUGUUUACUCUUCCACAAAAAUUCCUUCAGUAUUGUCCUUCCAAAACUACUUGUAUGAGCAAAGGCAGGAACAAGGCCAAAGAAUGAAUAUACUGAAUGUAUUAAACUUGAAUAAAAGAAUGAAGAACAAUCUUACAUCUAGUUCCCUGGAUUUAAAUCCAAACAGAAUGUUCUCAAACAUGGACUUGAACGAUAAGAAUGUAAUUAAUAUGCUCAAAUUUGAAAUUGACAAGUUCUUAGCAAACAAUCCUUUGUUUUACACAGUGGUUGACAAUGUCCAGUGCCAAGGUGGAGGAGAUAAUAACCAGGUAAACCAUUAUAAACUUCAAAUAGAGUGUAUUAUCGACCAGCUGAACAUUGAUAUGUUCAUUAACAAUAGAAGAUUUUCAAAUUUCCAGUCAAAAGAUAUUAACUUCGUUAUGUUUUCAAACAAUAAACCAUCAAAUUCAACAAUCAUUGAGUUUGAUACGUCCUUUAUCUAUUUGUCUGCAAGUAAAGAUUAUAUUUUUUCGAAUAACAGCUCAAACGUUAAUUCUUCUACUGGUGGGACUACCAACUACAAUAAUAACAGUAGUGGUAACAGCCAAAUAAGUUAUAAUAACUCGAAUUCCAAUCAAAAUUUAAAUAAUGUCUUCAGUACAAGUGUAAAAGUAAUUGGUAGUGGAAAUGUAAGCUCUAGUAGUCUUGGAAGUGGUCUUAAUUGUAAUAGUUCAAGUUUCAAUAAUGUUGGCUCCUUAUCUGCAACUGAGAACGGCUAUAAUGUAGUUUCCCAAGAAGAAGUUUCUAUAAUUCAUCCAAUGUACAUUGAUGGGCAUACUAACCAAGGACACGGACAUGUUUUAUCAAUCCGUAUCAAUAUGAGGCAGGUAAGACUACUUGAGAUCUACAACAUUCGAAUCUUGGAAAGUGUUGUAAUCAGGGUCCACCCAAUUCGUGUAAAUAUAACUCAGUACCUGACAUCUUGUUACUAUGACAUAUUCUUCCCACCUCCAAAUAAUAACCAACCAAGCCUAAUCUCAAUUCAAACAGGAGGAAGUUACAGUCAGAGCUCGCUUCCAAUCUUAAAUGCUGAGACAGAAGCGGUUUCAUCCAAUAUUCAAGAAGAGAAUACCUUUUAUAGUGGAAACACCCAAAUGAUCAAUAUUAAUGCAAGUAGUGAUAUAAUACCAACUGCAGAUCAUGAAAACCCCUCACCAACUUUGACUAGCAAACAAUCAAACAACUCGUCAGUAGAUUCACAAAACUGCUCCCCCAAGAAUAUACUCUAUUUCAACUAUCUUCGUAUCUCGUCAAUUCUAGUGGAAGUCACUUAUCGUGGUUCAGUCUCAUUAAAUAAUGUACUUUUAGAGCUUAGUUCAUUUACCCAAAGGAGGAAACACAGAACAGUCAAAGAAAUGGUUGACAAAUACAUUUCUUUCCUUAGACGCCAAGCCGCAAGACCUGUAAUUUCUUAUACUUUUAAACAGCUUAGACAUUCUCUACUUCCAAAGCAUUUCAAAUCCCAUAAACGCAGCAGUAACUUUAAUUCCCAGUAUAAUGACAUUGCCAAAGGUAAUAUACACGGUAAUCGUCAAAUUAAUGGCCAUGAACGUUAUUCAAAACUUAGCUCUUCCUAUCAAAACAUUCUUGUUGAUACUUCACACAACGGAAGUAUCAGAAAUUAUAAUAAUAUUAACUCUAUUCUUCCAAAUAAUGAUGAAGAUUUUUCAAACACUUCCUCUCGCAAGAUUCAAAGUAACAAUUACUCCAAAAAUGACUCAGAAUAUAACAAAUUCAAACUCAUAUUUGGAAAUCAACUUCUGAUUUAA